UCUACUUUCAUCACAGCAAAGGUCUGAGGUCAACAUGAGUUACCAAGUCAGACAUUCACCCAGCAGAUCUCUCAUCGGAGAGUAUUAUUUUAAUGGUUAUUAUACUAAAGGUUACUACCCUCCAUUUCAUCAUCUUAACUCAGAGAAAGUCCUCUAUAUGAAAUCCAGCAUGUCACAUCAAGAGGGUCAAAACAAAGGUGGCAUUGUUCAUGGACAAAGUAAAAAAGUAUCCUUUGCUUGUCCUUCUUCUGUUCAUGGUGCAUAUGGACCUGAAAGUGUACAUGAUGAUUAUCAACACACAUGCUAUGGAGUUCGCACUAACGGAAAAAACAAUAGCUUGAAUGGGAUCAAUGCAAAAAACACCAUGCAGGAUUUGAACAAUCGUCUCCAGGCAUACAUGGAGAAGGUCCAUUCCUUAGAGCAAGAAAAUGAAGAGCUAGAGACAAAGAUUGCGGAGUGGAAUGUGAACAACACUCCCAGAUCACCCCCUGAUAUGAGGCACUUCUUUCAAACCAUUAGAGAGCUUCAGAAUCAGGUCUCCUUAGCCACUAUGGAAAAUGCAAGAAUUGUGCUAAAGGCAGGUAAUGCUCAACUUACUGCAGAUGACUUAAAAAGCAAGAUUGAGAUGGAGCUAAGGUUAAAGAGUGAUGCUGAAAAAGAUGUUGGUGUCCUUCAACGUGUUUUGGAGCAGAUCAACCAAGAGAGGCAAGAUUUAGAGAAACAACUACAAUGGCUCAAUGGAGAACUUACCAACCUGAAGAACACUCACGAGCAGGAAUUGAAAGAAAUACGUGCUCAGCUUGGGACAAGAGUCAAUGUAGAUGUGAAUGCUGUUCCAUCCAUCGAUCUCAACAGGGCUUUAACUGAGCUCAGAGAGGAAUACGAAAACCUGAUGGAGAGGAACAUUAAGGAGACGGAGGACUUGUUCCUGCAAAUGGCUGCAGAGCUGGACCAUAACAUAUCUUCUGGACCUGACCAGUUGGAGACAGUUGAUAAUGAGUUUAUUGGACUGAAACUCGCUGUACAGACUCUAGAGAUAGAGUUGGAAAGUCAAAUGAAUGUGAAAUCAGCCCUGGAGGGAACUCUGGCAGAAAUAGAAGAAACCUUUGGAUCUAAGCUUUCUCAGUUGCAAAGUUUUAUUGAUGACAUUGAAAGUCAGCUAGAAUACGUCCGGUCACGUCUUGAGAAUUUGAACAAAAACGUAAAACUCCUCAUGGACCAAAAGACCCAUCUAGAAAAGGAAAUUUCAACUUACAAACAACUUCUUGAUGAACUUGUUGAUUACUGGACAGCAGAUUGUGUUUAUUUCUGAGAUGCUAUAAACAACCAGGGCAACCAGGACUAUGUGUUUUUGAGACUAUUCUUGAAUUGCAUGAAUAAUAUCUCCUUCUUAAAAGAAAAAAAGAAACCCAAAUAUCAAGGUGUUACUUGACAUCCAAUUGACUAAAUACUUGUUCUUGCCGUCCAAAGGAAGGAUAGCAAUGUCUACAUUGUCCUCCAACAAGCGA